AUGAACAGGUCGUCAUUACCGUACUCAGCAGCAGAUCUUUUCCCCAAGGCUCCUCCCCUGAUUCUGGGAAUAGGAAUGGGCAUUGGCUCGUCAUCUACUGUUGCUGGUGGUCCUUCUGGUACUGCAGGUUUGGGGAACACUAGCUCGGCAUUCACUGCAGUGCACAGUAGUAACUCCACCGUAAACAAGUCCACAAUUAGGAAGUUUCAGCGGUAUAUUAGGAGGAUCUUCCGCCCCAAUUCGCUUGAUUUCGAGAGUGCUGUGUGGGAUAUCUUCAACUUGGCAGUGAACCCAAAGAAGAUGUAUAGAUCUCACUACUACAAGUUGCAAGGUAGGGCUUCGUACUCGCGAGACGAUCCGUCCUUCUUGAUCCUACUCACUGGAUUUCUUUCUAUUUCAGCAGUAGCGUGGGGACUUGCGUACUCUCCGAGCGUAGUAGAUAUAUUGAAGCUUAUCGUGUACGUGGUGGUGGUCGAUUUCUACAUAACAGGAGCCAUAAUAGCCACCUGCUCUUGGAUGUUAACCAACAGAUUGUUCAAUGGCUCAUUCGACUUGUUUGGGUCCCUGUCUCUGAGGUACAGAGUCAAUUACAUAGACUGGGGGUUCUGUUUCGAUGUACAUUGUAACUCCUUUGUUGUCAUCUGGUGCUUGUUAUAUUUGCUCCAGUUCUUCCUUUUGCCCUUGCUCAACAUCAAGCUGAUCAUCGCUUUGGUAUUGGGCAAUACCUUGUAUUUUGGAGCAAUUGGCUAUUACUUCGUAAUAACCUUCUAUGGAUUCAAUUCGCUCCCGUUUGUAUCGGGUGGCCAGGGUGCUAAGAAGUUGCAGAUGAUUAUAUUGGCCGGUGUUCUUCCAGUAUUGGCAGUGCUUUGGUUCUUGAGCAUCUGCUUUAGGUUGAACGUAGCACAUUUGAUGGUGCACACUUAUUUUAAUUAG